AUGGGCAGGGUAAAGCUAAAGAUAAAGAGGUUGGAGAACACCAAUGGCCGCCAAGCAACAUAUGCCAAAAGAAGAAAUGGAAUUAUGAAAAAAGCUGCUGAGUUAUCUAUACUAUGUGAUAUAGAUAUUAUACUCCUCAUGUUCGCACCAAAUGGAAAGCCAUCAUUAUGUAGGGGGAGGUGCAGUAACUUUGAGGAGGUUAUUACCAAAUUUGGUCAACUAACUCCCCAGGAAAGGACAAAAAGGAAAUUAGAGACUCUUGAGGCAUUGAAGAAAACAUUUAAGAAGUUAGAUCAUGAUGUAAAUGUACAAGAAUUUUUUGGUACAAGUAGUCAAACUAUUGAGGAUUUGAGUAAUCAAGCCAAGCUAUUACAAACUCAAAUUUUUGGAACUCAUAAGAGAUUAAGUCAUUGGACAGAAUUUGAUAAAAUAAGCAGUGUGGAUCAACUAGGACGGAUGGAAAAUUCGCUCAGGGAGUCACUUGAUCAAAUUCGAACCCGUAAGGAAAAUGUAAAAAAGCAGCAACAACUUGUUUCACUGCAAUGCAAUAACCAGUUGAAUGAGAUGAAUAUUCCCUUCAGAAUGACUGCACAACAACAACUCCAACCUCUAUCAUGGAUUGUCAAUGACAACGGCCAAAAUAUAGUUUUACCUGAAGACUCAAACAUGUUUCUCCACAAAGAUGUAGAGGGAUCUGUAAGUUCAUCUUUUAGGAGUUAUGACAAUUAUUUUGGCUCAAGUAUCAAAACUGAUAUGUCAAGCUCAACACAAGAAAAUGGGGUCCUUAGUGACAUGAGCAAUAUUGCCCCUAUGAGACUCCAAUUGAAUGGGCAGUUUCCAUGUCUUCAAUACAAUUUUAAUUUACUAAACAAUUUGAAGUUUCAACCAAGUGUAGAGAUUAACCCACAUGAAAAUCAUGUAGAUUAUCAUGUGAAUGAAGGCUUUGAAGCACCUAGAUCGAGUUAUGAUUCUAACAAUCACCAUGGUUGGGCUUCCACAUCAGGGUCUUGUGGUAUUAUUAUGUUUGAAGAGCAAUUAUAUGCCCAGGCAAGCUUCACUAAAGUGAACAUUGGCUUCACAUAA